AUGACUUCGACUCCUCCAACCAAACAAAUUCCUUCCAUUAAGGAUAUAUUUCCAAAUAGCCAGCCAAAGACUUCAAACCCACCAGCUCAGGAACAAGAAAGGCCGGCGCUGAUGGCGUCCACACAAGCUCAAGACCAUGCUUCUAUCAAUCAACACAACAAAGACACACAAGCGCCUCAGGCACGUGCGGAGUCAUUUUUGGCAUCGAAACAACAACAGUCACAACAGCCGCUGGCGCACUUUGCAUCACCAGAUGCAACUACUUCAAGAUCCUCCACUGAUCCUCCUCGCAAGAGAUCUAAAAUAUCCCGUGCGUGUGAUGCUUGUCGAAGGAAAAAGAUAAAAUGUAACGCUGAAUAUUCAACAACAUUGAAUAAAGUGACUCAAAUUUGUAACAAUUGUCAAAAAAAUGGCGAUGAAUGCACGUUUUCAAGAACUCCAUUGAAAAGGGGGCCAUCUAAGGGGUAUCUGAAAGAGUAUGAGGAGCGGGAAGAAGAAGCAACAAGUGGGUACCACUCUAGAGCCAACCUGAAUGGAAACGUAGCUCAGCCGCAACCCAUCACUACUUUCAAUUCGAAUAUGGACUACAAGUCUUCACAGAUACAACCACAGCCACAACAAGUGCCUCAACAACAACAGUUUCCUCAGAAUAGUUUACCUUUCCCUCAAAUACGACCAAACUCCCAACAAAUGUCCAACAUCAAACUUCCUCCCAUUAUCGGCUACAACCAAAAUGCCGCAUCACCAGCUAUACAUAAAGUAAUAUCAGCAAACUUCAAUGAGUCAAACCCAUCAAGCCCUCCAGUACAACCAAAUUCUACCAAUACUCAAGCACAAUUGAGUAACAAUAACAAUAACAACACCACCACCAACACCACUAGCAACAGCAACAACAACAGUCCACCCAUCCAAGGACCAUUUUGGAAAGUGCCCUAUGAAAUGCCCCGAGCUUCGGGACCUCAUCGGUCUUCCAUUAGUAGUGUGUCAAGUAUCGGAGGAGGUGGUGGUGUGGGUGGGCCUGGUCGCAGAAGGUCCUCAAUAGACUCGAUAUCGUCGACAUCAACAACAAAUACAAAGUUGCCACUACUUAGACACUCAAACAAUAGCGAGUUUCUCAGUGAUUCCGAAUCGGAGGAUUUCUACUCUGUGAGAUCCUCAUCAUCACAUCGCCCACCAAUUAUGCGCAACAAUUCGCAAUCGAUUUCCCCUAGGAACUCCGUCACAUCGUUAUCGAGUCUUAGCGGGAGAGUCAAUAAAUCCAUGAUUUUACAAGGUGCUCCCAUAUCACCAAUGACUUUGUCAAAAGCUGGAACUCCAUACAAUGGUUUUGCAGCUCAGGAACUUGCAAGAUCACAACUGCAAUUGCAAGCUGCACCGCCACCCCCGCCAGUAGCGCCCCCGGGAGGGUUCAACCAAAUGCAAACUUCUCCCAUGGAUUUGCUAAAAGCAGACUUGAGUGUAUAUGAUCAACACUUUGCAGCAGCUUAUCCUGUGAUUCCAGUGGAUACUGAGAAAUUAGUGCAAAUGAUACAAGUAGCAGGACUGGAAGCACCUACCGAGAAUCUUGUUGAGUGUUUCCACAUAGCUAUCAAUGACCUUGUCAAUUUCAAAACCGUUGCUGAAUACACCACAAUUUCAAUGUUUUUCAAGUUGCAACAGUUGUAUCAACAAUCUGGAGUCAACAAGAUUUCGACGUUUUUGUAUGCCCAAACGUUGGUUGUUCUUAAUUACAGCUUAUUGUUAAAGGGAGCUCAUUACUCAUUGGGAGUUGCCUCUGCCGCUGCGUUUUUAAAUGACUUGAAUGCUGUGGACCGUGUGUUUGAUGAGAAACCGAGUGAACAACAAUUUGACUUGUGGCUUGCCAAGUUGUAUCUCACCUUGGAUAUCGUUGAUACCGUUGCCAGUUUGAAGGCGGGAGUGCAAAAGAAUGUUGCCAAGGGAAACUUGCCCCUCUUUGUGAACAGAAACAGGUCGAGUUUGGAAGAUAUAGUGUACCAGAUUUACACCCUCUCUACUGGUCUAUUUGAUUUACGAAGUCAACUCGUCACCUCAACAAUCAAAGAUACAAGCAAGGUCGAUACCAAGGAUGAGUUUCUCACCCACUUUGCCAACUUGCUUUACCAAAAAUAUGAACUUUACCAAAUUGUCAAUAAUCAAUCAGAGAAAUUAUUACAAACUUUGGAAGCAUUAACCACAACUAUUCUAAACUUUGCCAACUACCUCAGCACAACAACAAUGUCCAACAAACAAGUGUUGAACCCAUGCUUGAACUUGUCUGUAGAUCAAUUAUUCCACACCAUCAAGUUAGUCAAGAUGAUUGCCGACAACACUUCUGAUGAUGCUGCCAAACUCAAUAGCAACUUGUCAAUCUCGUACAAUUUGUUGAACCUCAACUUGACGAACUUGCAACUCAAUGAACAAACGGUUCGACAAAUUAAACGCAAGAUUGCUGAAACACCACUUGAUUUCUCCGCAAAGACAGAGCCCCAUGCUGACUGGAUCAACUAUGUAAUCCCUAUGAUCAAAACUGAUCUAAUGAGGUGA